AUGUUUUGUUUCCACCUCUCCGCCAAUGUGGUGUCCUGCAGACAAGAGGGCGAAAAUAUUUCCGCUGAAUCUACUUUCCAAAUCCUGCUGAAAAGAAUUGAAGAUCAGGACAAAAAAAUCGCCGCUAUAGAAACAACUGCAAAAGCAGAUCGUGAGGACCUGGAACGAAAAAAUUCAAUCUUGGAAGAAAUGAUUAAACGAUCAGACUUGAGACAAAAGAAAUUGGAAAAAACAAUAGAUGAUUUGAAAACGGAAAUCUUUGAACUAUUAACGGGUAACGUUGACACUGUGAAAACAAGCAACGUAGAAGAGCAUAGUGAUAAAAAACAAACUGUGACAAUUUAUGAACGAUUACAUGACUAUGACAAACAUAAUGAUGCGCAGAGUAGACAAGUUGGUGUCCCAGGAAAACGAGAACAGAAAAGAAUUCUGACUGGCGGUGUUUCUCCAAAUCAUGCCAUUGCAUUUUACGCAUAUUUGAGCAAAGGUGAGAGUGUUAUUCAACAUCAUAGUGUAAUAUUUGAUACCGUCAUUACAAACGUCGGUGUGGCUUAUAAUCAUCAUGAUGGCGUUUUUACCGCUCCAACCAAUGGCGUCUAUGUCUUCAACUGGAACCUGUACAGUUCUUCUCAUGGUGACCUCGUGUCCGAGUUGAUGGUAAAUUCUGCACAAAAGGGCGGCAGACGUUCAGAUAGUCUGAGAGUUGAAGAGGACCAUAGUUCUAGCGGUACUGUGGUGGUUCAGAUCAACCAGGGAGAUGUUGUUUACGUCAGGAUGCAUCCUACAGCUUCGAUCGCAGGAUUUAUCGUAAGCUCUGGAAACUAUCAGUCAUCUUUCAGUGGCUGGCUGUUGGCAUAA